AUGGCGUCCGCAUUCGCUAACUUCCAACAGAAGAUGAACUCUCUCCGCAUCGAAGCGGAUGAGAAUGCUGCGAAGGCCGAAGAACUCAAAUCCAAAGUCAAGCAGUUGGAGCAAGAAAACCUUCAGAAGGAGCAGGAAAUCACUUCUUUGACACACCGCAACCAACUCCUUGAGGCCGAAGUCGAAAAGCUGGAAGUCGGCCUCAAAGAAGCCAAGACAGCUGCUGGUGAAGCAUCGCAGCACGGUCAACAGAAUGAGGCUCUCACCCGAAGACUUCAAUUGCUCGAAGAAGAAGCCGAGGCCGCCGACAAGACUUUGAGAGAGACCAACGAAAAGCUUCGGCAGACCGACGUCAAGGCUGGCCACUUUGAACGCAAAGUGCAAGCCCUUGAGCAGGCUCGAGACGAAUGGGAAGCCAAGUACGAAGAAAUGGCCAAGAAGCACGCAGACCUGCAAAAGGAACUGCAGGAAUUGGAACAGAGCAUGGGCAAUAUCUGA